ACAGUGAGACAUUUAAUGGGAGGGCAGGAGACUGUCUCCCUGACGACCGAUAUCUGGACAGACCGAACGAUGAGGAGUUUCCUUGGAGUGACUGCCCAUUUGCUGGCUCCUCAUCCGAAGACUCAAACAUACCAGCUCUUAUCCAUCCUGCUGACAUGUCAGAAGUUCAAGGGAAGGCACACAGGAGAGGCCAUUGCAAGGUCUUUUGACAAUGUCCUUGAAGACUUUGGUAUUGGCAACAAGGCGGAGUUCAUUGUGACAGACAAUGCGUCCAACAUGAAACGCGCAUUCUCCUUAGAAUUUCCGGGGAUAGACCUGUCUGGAGCCGAAGAGGAGGAAGGGGCUGGUGUAGAAGAUGGCGACCUCUGGGAGGACCAGGAUGAAGAGGAUGCGGGGGCUGUGAGACAGGCAUUGAUCUUGGCCUCUAAACACAGGAUCCCAUGCUUUGCCCAUACACUCCAAUUAGUCAUCGGAGACGGUCUCAAAGAACUGCGGGCAGUUGGGCAGGCCAUUGCGAAGGUGUCAAAGCUGACAACAGUACUGCACAGGAGUGCAGUACUCAAAGAAAGGUUUGAGGAGCGUUUUGGUGUGGACCGAACAAUACCAGCUGCGAACUCUACACACUGGAGCUCUGUCUUUGUUCAACUCAAAGCUCUACAGAAUCUACCAAGAGUUGAUUAUCGAGCGAUUGCUGAAAUCUGCGAGCCGGUGGAGUUCAACAACCUCAUUUUCACACGCCAAGAGUGGGCUCAACUUGCUGAAUUGACGACAAUUCUGGAGCCUUUUGCUGAUGCAACAACACUCACAAGGUGAUCAGACAGCAACCAUUACAAUGGUGGUGCCAGCCAUCCUAGACCUGAACAGUCAUCUUUGCAAGUGGGCAGAUGAAGCCAAGUUUUGCCGGCCGAUUGUAAGGUGUCUUCAGUCUUCCUUGAAACGGCGAUUCAGGGGGAUAUUUAUCCGAUGUCAGAUGGUUGAGGGGAGCGGGCCUGCUGAGGAUGAGCCCUUCUUCGAGAAGCUUUUCUUCAUGGCCCCUGUCAUCGACCCACAGUACAUGCUGGAGUGGGUGGAUGAUGUCAGUAUGCCAACGUGGUCUCUCGAUGAAACGGAGGAAAAGAGGAGAAGUGUAAAAGAAACCCUGAAAGGUACAAUUCAAGAUGUUCAGAGCAAUUCCAUGAGAAUCGCUCAGAGUAUGUAACAUGAAUAACAUAAGAUUAUCUGCUGAAAUAUUCUUUUAGAAGAAUUUGGUUCAAAAAUGUA